AUGGAGACAACAGAAGAAUAUAACGAGCGACCCUCGUUCACCAGGAGAUCCCCAUCUCCCACUGCACCGCCUAGACCAGCUAUAGGAGCAACUAGGGACUUCACUCGAAGCGUUUCGACAGCUUCCGAAGGCUCAGUUUUUUCUGGCAGAUCAAGUACAAUGAGUCGUACAUCAGAAAACAGUUCGGUGACCUCGGUAUCUCGAUCAUCAUCCGCGAAUUAUGGGACUAGAACAUCUAUGGCAGGUCUGGAAAGGCCAAAACGACGCGGUUAUGUUCGACCACAAGGAACCAAUUUUGCAAAGUCGGCACAAUCAAGAGAGAGUGUUCUAAGCUUGGGAAGCAUAGCGCAUAUACAAUAUUACUUCGCUCGAACCGGUCUGCUGGACGGAAAAGGUGGGCGAUUGAUGAAGAAGAGAAAGGAUGGAAGAGAGACUUUAGAUUUAUCUGCCUUGGACACGUCAUUCCUUGUACCUAAUUCGGGAUCCGAUGCAGACUCAACAUAUGCUUCCACAGCUAGCAGCCCCGAGCUCUCUGCGCAAUUAGGUGGUCUGAUGGUGGAAAGUCCCUUACAUGACUACAACGAGGACGUGGACCAAGAUGUCAGCGGCGACGAAGACGAUAAUCCUCUACACCUCCUUCCUCCGACAGCAAGUACCUACAUUCACCGCGAGAAGGUCAUUGAACCUCCUCCAACUCUCAAUCAGCUUAGACAGACCUUGGUCGAUGCUCUCAAUAAUGCAACCAUAGCUCUAGAAGAUGCAAAGCACGCACGAACCCCACCGGCCUCUCCAUUACCCAUGCCCAGAGUCGAACCUACAAAUCCCGCAACCCCUGAUGCUAAGAAUAGAGGCUGGUUCGAGGUACAAGGCAUGCACAUGCUCGACAUUAUGACUCUUGCUAUCCGUGCAGCAAAAAUGUACUAUACCGCCCACGAGCAUCCUGAACGCCUUCUAGCAAUCAAGUCGGAGAAAGAAAUCCGGGGAGAAUUGUUAUAUGUUCUUGAAAUUUUGAAACGUAUGGCUACCCGAGGAUUCGCCAAUGGAAUACGCACAGCGGAAAGGGAAACAAUGAAUGAUUGGGUUGACGGCGUACGCAACAUGCUCAGACGAGAGAAAGUGCUUGAGUACGAGGAGAGAGAUUUAAUAGCUAGUUGGACAUGGCUUCAUGCAGAUGGCUGGGUAGGAAGGGAAAUCGAAAGAGAGUAUGCGUUCUUAAAAUCCAUGGAUCCGGAACCUGAUACUCUACCACCAUUGUCAUUAGUAAAUGAUGUAAAAGAUGACAGUCAACUUCCUACACCACUUCUCGCGGAAUUAAGAACCGGUCUAAGAUUGGUGCAGCUACAUAAUGCAGCAGUCAAGAAGAGUAAAAGACCCUUUGGAGCAAUAUCUACCUUCCACACCGAGUUUAACAAACCAUACCGAUCAGCCGAGAACCUUCGAUUCUGGGUUAAAGCAGCUGAAUUAAGAUGGGAAGCAGAUGUCAAAUUUGACGUCAUGGGAGUGGUAAAUAGUGAGGAUCGUGAUGCAUGGGAAGGAUUUGAAGAAGUAAUUUGGAAAUGGUGUCGAACGGUUCGGGAGGAGUUGUCGGAAGAAUUAAAAAGACCAAGGAAGAAUUCUAUUAAGAUCUAA